AUGGCUAUACAGCAGUUUCAUCUCCUGGGAGACCAUGUCUCUUCGGCACGGGGUGUCGAAGUAAGUGAGAAAUUGAAUGUUGACGAUGUGAAAGAUUUGAUUGCAUCUCACUUUGCUAUUGUGAGCCCCAAUGGCAUUGGCUUCCAAAGCAAAGACAAUGAAGUGCUUCUCGAGGUCUCGGACAUACUGGUUGCAGAGGGCCCAGUAGCAAUCACAAUCGACGGAAAUGAGGUGCGCGAUCCACCAGCACCUAGUGCAUUGCCGUACGUGGGCAAUUACUUCGAAGUUUACCCCGACCAUCUGGGCAACCACCAACGUCUAUUCGAGAAACUCGGGCCAUUGAUCAAAACGACUACCAUGGGACGAACCGUCUACCAAACCAAUGAUCCGGAAAUUUCGGCUAUUGUCUUCGCGGAAUCCGAUUUCUUCACGAAAAAGAUCAACGACGCUCAUCCCCUUUCUGCGCUCAAGACACCGGCUGCUGGGGUCUUCUUAGGAGAUACCGAUACACCGGAGUGGAAAGUUGCUCACAAAUUUCUUCCUCCUGCGCUUGGCCCUAAAGCUGUCCGCCACUAUGCUCCCACGAUGCAAAAGACAGUCGAGGAGGCCUUCCGGGUGUUUGACGCGUUUGACGAGCAAGGCGAGGCUUGGAACGUAUAUCAAUACAUGCUGAAGCUUGGGUCUCAAGCGGUCGGAAAGCUUACCCUCGGACUGGAUUUCCAACACUUUUCUUCUCCUGAUGCCCCGCUGCAUGAAAUGGUCCACUUGAUCGCUGAAAUCCUUUCUUUGAACAAAAAGGUGACCUCAAAAGGCAACUGGUAUGGCAUGCUACCAUUCGGGGAUCCACAAAAAUUGAGGCAGUGCCAGCGUCGUGUCGAAGACUUGGUGGAUGAGUCAAUCAAAAAUGCAGCCAGAGGAGGUGUUGAAGAUUUACCUCUCCAGGAUGCUGCGCUGAAGGCUUCGAACAUGGUUGAUUAUGCUAUUCGCGCAACUGAUAACAAGGGCGAGAAAUUACCAAAAUCAAGCCUCGUCUGGGCACUCGUUGUGGCAACUGGAGCCGGCUUUACCACGACCAGUUCCUUACUGUCGUGGUUGAUCUAUGGUCUCGUCACCUACCCCGGGAUGCAAGAAAGGUUGCUUCAAGAGCUUAUCGACAACGAUAUUGACGACACCACCGAGAUCACUGCAGAUGUGACAGAGCGUCUCGACUUCCUUGACAAAUACAUCAAGGAGACACAGCGCCGACACAAUCCCUCUUUCCAGCCCGGUCGCACCACCAAAACGGACCUAGUGCUACCAGGUGGUUACAGGUUACCCAAGGACGCCGUCGUAAUUCCGGCAUUGCACCAUAUUCACAACAACCCUGCACUCUGGGAUAAUCCCAACAGAUUCGACCCCGAUCGAUGGGAUACGGAGGCUGUAAAGUCCAGGCACAAGGCAGCGUAUAUUCCCUUCGCCGCGGGCCCACGCAUGUGCAUUGGAUUCAAUUUCGCUCUUCAAGAGGUCAAGGUCUUCCUUCCGAAGCUAAUCUAUCGGUACAAGUUCAUUCGUGAAGGAGAUGGUCCCAUCGAGUAUGAUCCGAUGUUCCAGUUGAUUAGGCCAAACAACCUCUAUGUUCGUUCUGAGAGACGUGUCAAGUGGCCCCCGAAGACCGAGAACUGA